AAGAAAAAGAAACGAACAAGUAACGGCAAAAUUAGUUUUCACAGCAUUUUUCGUCAAGCUUAUUACUAUUAUUGUUGCUGUUGUUGUUGAACGUUGUGAUUGCUCAGUUUAAGUUUGGAAAUCGAAAAUAUUUUGCUUGCGCAAUUUGUGUGUUAUUACCCGGAAAGCGCGCUAAUUGGCAGACGGCACGGAAAUGGAAAUGAAUGACGACUGCCUUGUUUAUCGACAGACGACGACGACGAAAACAAAAACGAUGAAGAUGUCAAAGUCGCCGCCUCGUCUGGAGAAGGUCCAUCUGCCUGCUGUUUACGUUCGGGAUCAUUGUCACCGUGCUCGCAGCGAGGGCGUGGACUUAAAGGCGCGUCGCAAGCUGAUCAUUGCCAGCGUUUUGUGUAUGGUUUUCAUGGUUGCCGAAAUUGUGGGUGGCGUUUUAUCGAACAGCUUGGCUAUAGCAACAGACGCUGCACACUUACUCACCGAUUUCGCCAGUUUUAUGAUCUCACUGUUUGCCAUCUGGAUUGCCGGACGUCCAUCCACGCAACGAAUGUCCUUUGGCUGGUAUCGUGCGGAAGUGAUUGGUGCAAUGGCCUCCGUAUUUAUGAUCUGGGUCAUCACUGGCAUACUGGUUUGGCUAGCAAUUGGACGACUCAUUAGUGGAGAUUUUGAAGUGAAUGCCGAGAUCAUGCUGAUCACAUCGGGCCUGGCUAUUUUGGUUAAUGUCAUCAUGGGCGUACAGCUGCAGCAUGGCCACUCCCACGGCCUUGGCGGUGGUCACAGCCACGGCGGAUCAAAGAGCGGAAAGACAUCCAAGAAGGUCACAGCUCAUGUGAAUGCCACAUCGACGCCUUGCGCCGCCUCGCCGACGAGGCGCAUUGAAGGCGGCAUCGCCUUCGAACCAGAGGAUGCGGAACUUCCUGGCGCAGGGCUGCCCAGUUACUCGUAUCAGAAUGCCAAGCUGGUGGAUACCGGACUGGAUCUGGAAAUAGCCGCCGUCCUGGCGGAAACCGCCCCGGGCGCCCAUCAUCAUGGUGGUCAGACUGGUCGCGAGGCAGUUAACAUGAAUGUGCGGGCCGCUUUCAUUCACGUAAUUGGCGAUGUUAUCCAGAGUGUGGGCGUCUUUUUGGCCGCCGGUGUGAUCUACUUUUGGCCAGAAUACGCAAUUGUCGAUCCGAUUUGCACAUUCAUCUUUUCCAUUAUCGUGCUCUUCACCACGUUUACAAUUAUGAAAGAUGCGCUGCUGGUACUGAUGGAGGGUACUCCCAACUAUAUGCAUUAUGAGGAGGUUCUGCAGAUAUUUCAGCGCAUCGAAGGCGUCGAGCGUGUACACAAUUUACGCAUCUGGGCGCUGAGCAUUAAUAAAGUGGCGCUAUCUGUACAUUUGGCAAUUGGAGACACUGCCAAUGCUAAACAGAUACUCGAUGCGGCUACUUCGGCGGUACAUUUGCGCUACAAUUUCUUUGAGACGACCAUACAAAUCGAGGACUAUACGACCCAAAUGGAAAACUGCAACCAGUGCUCGGUGCCGGCCAAGUGACACACAUAAGCAAAGCAACCCAAUUGCAGUUCAUUCAAUUUCAUUGGCCAAUUACAAAAUUAGCACCUAAAGACCACAUCCACAUGCGCAUGUUAUUUACUAUUAACAGCGUACAUUCGAUAACAAAAAUGUAUGUGUAUCUAUCUAGCGAUAAUCACCCACCAUCCUGCAACAUCAUGCAUCAUCCACUUUUCCGCCCAUCCGCCCCAGCAAUUUAAAGUGCAAACAAAUGCUGUGUUCAGCCAUCACAACUUGGUUAGGCCAGACAAGAUAACGAUCCUAAACAUAAUGCCCCACGUUUUCCGUCACGCGUCACAUAAUUUUAACAUUUUGUCAUAUUUUCAAACACAGUGGUUCUAUCUAAUUUGUUGCAUAACACAAAUUAGAAAUACUUCAAAUCAAAUUUAAUAAAUGAAAGUCUGAUGUGUGUGUAAAAACCAUUACAGAAUAUAUUU